UUUUUUUUUUUUACAUUUAUUUUAAGAUUAGGUCUCUGACACUUGAGUCUGACUCAUCUUCAGGAAGCUCUGCCCCCAGGAUCUUGGGUGGCCCAUAUUCUGUAGUGUCUAUAAAAUGACUGACAGAAGGGGCAUCCAAACACAAACAAGCAAUCCAAACAACAGGACUUAAUAAUUAAAAAAAAAAAGAAAAUGUAAACAAAUUUUUGAAACUAUUAAAGAAUUGUGAAAAAUUGACUAUUGCACCUUUAAGUUUAUCAUACAGUGAAGGAAAGCGAUUGGGGAAAAAUCUGACUAGGUGUUUGCUCCUCUACUGAUUAGGAACAUAUAUGCCUAAGAGCUCGUAUUUUCGAACAUAUUUCAUGUUUUAUCAAUGCUUUGUCACAGCUAAAGCCUAUCCUCCUGCUGUUCAGAAUGGAUCCGACUGCCUCUGGAAUCUUCUGCAGCAGGAUGUUGAGCAUGGUCAACUCCGAGGACGUAAAUGCAAUCAUCCAGGCCCAGAGACACAUGCUGGACCGCUUCGAAAAGACCAACGAGAUGCUCAUUAAUUUUAAUGGCCUGUCCAAUGUGCGGUUGCAGCAGAUGAACGACCGCUUUCUUCUCCACACUCGCACUUUAAUUGAAAUGAAGAAGGACUUGGAUAGCGUUUUUCGCCGAAUAAGGACAUUAAAAGGCAAGAUUGCUAAGCAGUAUCCAAAUGCCUUUAGCAAUAUAGCUCAGCACAGAUCUCUUUAUUCAUCCACAGACAUUCGGGAGGCUUCCAGUUUGGAAGAUGAUGACGAUGACUUUGACCCUGUCGGCCCCAGUGUAGCCACCACCACUGCCACGUCUGAACAGAGCACUGAAUCUUGUGACACGAGCCCUGACAUUAUCUCGCCAACCAUCAGCCGCUGUUCUGAGGAGCUUUCUCAGGAGAAUCCAGACACUCCAACCUCUAACAGCCCUGAGAGGGCAGUGCUGCUGGAUGAAGGCCCAGAUUCAGUCAUUAUCUAGACAAUCUACAGAAUUUUUUGGACAUGUUGCUAAAAAUUUGGAAUAGCUUUGUGCUGUGCAUUUAUUAGCCAAAAUUUUCUGAUAUAACAGAUCAUUUCACACUGUCUACUAACAGGACGUGAAGGCUGCUGCUCUUGUGAUAUAAUGUUGAAAAUGUUUUGCCAUGUUACUUGUGGAAUUCAUUCAUUCUUCAUCAGGUCUUCUCAAGUCUAGUCAUGUUAACAUACUACUCCUAGACAUUAUCCAGAGUUAACAUAUGCUGUGUUUUUGUGUUUGCCAAAUGUGUUUUUAGUCAAAGCGUUCGGGUUUUUGAAGUAAAUUAAAGCUUUGUAAUUUUUUAGAAGAAAUUAGUAUUACAUAUACUAUACUAUACAUAUACUGUGAAAAAGUAUUUGUCCUGAUUUUGUCUGUUUUUGUGUACAUUUCAUACUAAAUAGUUUUAGAUCUUCAAACGAAAUACAACAUAAAACAAAGGCAACCUGAGUAAACACACAAUACAGUUCUUUUUUUAAACUUAUUUUUAUUGAAGCUAAAAAAGUUAUCCAGCACCUAUCACCAAUGAAAAAUAGCUUUGUAACCCUUCCCAGACUGAUGUAUUUCAAUCACCUUCUUCCUCGUCAUUUGUGGAAUUUCUUUCAAAUUUGGCAUAGUGUGUUACUGGGUAAGACCUUUUAACCAACUUCAUGCUGUUGAAAAAGAUCUAUUUAAGUGUUGAUUUGAUUGAACAGGGUUUGCAGUAAUUAGGCCUGGUUGUGUCUAGUCCAGAAUUAGUAACUAUGGGGGCAAAUACAUUUUCACACAGGCCCAGUUGGUAUUGGAUAACUUUUUUGCUUCAGUAAAUAACAUUAUCAUUUAAAAACUGUAUUUUGUGUUUAUUCAGGUUGCCUUUGUUUUAUCUUUUAUUUUCUGAAACAAUUUAAUAUGAGAUAUACAGAAGAAAUCAGGAUGGGCCAAAUACUUUUUCACAGCACUGUAUGGUAUGUUUUUUAUUAUUUCAAACUAACAGUUUCAUGUCAGAUUAAAGUAAUAUGCCUUGCCCUAUAAUGCUCCACAUUCUUUUAAUCUCUAGCUCAUGCUGGUUUGAUGCACAUGUGUUUUAAGUAUUGCUUCUUUAACUGAUGUAGAAUGUAUCCAUUUUUUUUAGCGUCUGUAAAAACUGGACAGUUUGCAUUGUCUUGGUGGUAUUCAAGCUGGGCCAUUUAAAAAUAAAUAUGACUAUGUGGAAA